AUCCCCGUUCGCCUCCCUACAACCUGACCCCCCCACGGCCCCACCCCCCUCCGUCGGCGACAGGGCGAGCGCCGCCGCCCUUGUCUUCGCCGGCGACGAGCAUCGCCAGGGUUUGGUUACAGUGCCUGGAAUUUGCAUCUUUGCUUCUGCUUCUGCCGGAACCUCAAUGCUCUAUCUGAUGGGCAGAAUGGGUGUGCAGGGGACUACCGAUUGCAGGGCGGUUGCGGAGAUGGGGGCUGAUCAGAAACCACGACAAGGUUCGGGUUUUCUCCUACAGAUUGCGAUCUCUAGAGGUGGAUUUGCUUUUCCUCACAUUCUGAGAUGGAAGCCGAUGAUGGCAGCCUUGCCAUUCGGAACUGGGGCUUCUACGACACCGUCAAAGGCAGCCUAGGCCUGCAGCUCAUGUCGUCCAUGCCGCCUGACCGGGACACAAAGCCGCUGCUCCCGAGAGGUGCCUUGCUGCAGCAGCAUGGACAUCACAAUGCCGCACACCAGCUCCACGCGCAGCAAUCACAACAUCAUCGUGACUAUGCUGGCGGCACAUCCAAGCCGCCUGUAAAGAAGAGGUGGCAGGUUCGGCAGCCUAAGUCACUGAAGCCUAGGAAGCCUAAGAAGGCUGCUGUUCCACCAGAGAAUGGGGCACUUAAUGAGCAUGCGCCCCGAAGGAGGGGACCUAAGAAGACUGUGGGGAUGGUGAUUAAUGGUAUUGAGUUGGACCUUGCUAACAUACCGACACCAGUGUGCUCAUGCACCGGAGCUCCCCAGCAAUGCUACCGAUGGGGCGCAGGUGGCUGGCAGUCUGCAUGCUGCACAACUUCUAUUUCAACGUAUCCACUGCCAAUGAGCACAAAGCGCCGGGGCGCUCGAAUUGCUGGAAGGAAGAUGAGCCAAGGUGCAUUCAAAAAGGUGCUUGAGAAGCUUGCUGGCGAAGGGUACAACCUUGCUAAUCCAAUUGACUUGAAGACGUUUUGGGCUAAGCAUGGCACAAAUAAGUUUGUAACGAUCAGGUAAAAUGACAUAGUAUGUUUCUAGCUUUGUAGGUUGUAGAGCUGCAGUUAGGCCCGAUUUAUUGCUUUUAUGUCUAUGUAAGAAUCUGCAGAAAUUUGUAGUAGUAGUAGUAGCAGCAGCAUGUAGCAAUGUUUAGUUUUAAAUGACUUAGUUGUAAUGUCUAUCUUGAGCUUCAGAUAUUGACCCGAC